UGGAAUUGCGAAUCAGUUGCGCUUUUGCGUUCCAGCCAGCCGAACUCACAGACGCGCGAGAAGAACCGCCGCUCAUCGGGCUAAGGACUGUAUUCCGACACCACACUGCAGAGUUUUUAUUUUUAUAAGUUGGCUUUUUUCAUUUCGUUUCUUCAAGAAAGACUGAUCUCUCCUUAACGCAAUGGAGAAGAUGUCUCGACCUCUUCCUAUAAACCCAACUUUCCUACCUCCGACCCACGGCGUCCUGAAAUCCCUGCUGGAGAACCCCAUGAAGCUGCCCUUCCACCAUGAUGAAGGUAAAGGGUUUGGGAAAGACAAAGAGAAGGAGAAGAAGUUGGAAGAGGAUGGAAACGCUCUCAACGCCCCUCAGUCCGCCUUCUUGGGGCCAACCCUGUGGGACAAGACCCUGUCGUAUGAUGGCGACAAUUUCCAGCUUGAGUAUAUGGAUUUAGAGGAGUUUCUGUUGGAGAACAAUAUUCCCGCCAACCCUGGGAGCGAGCAGAACCAGCCUUCCCAGCAGCCCCCCUCUGCCCCGUCUACGCCUUCGGUGGUGGAUCUCAGUAACCGGACGACCACAUCCGUUCACUCCGGGAUCGUGGGCCAGAACUGCCUCCAGAGUCCCAGCAGAGCAGUUCUCCCUUCACGUGAUACGCCCAGUCCAAUAGAUCCGGAGUCCAUCCAGGUUCCGAUCGGGUACGAGCCCGACCCAGCCGACCUCGCCCUCUCCAGUGUCCCGGGACAGGAAAUCUUCGACCCACGCAAGCGCAAAUUCUCAGCAGAGGAGCUGAAGCCGCAGCCCAUGAUCAAGAAGGCGCGCAAGGUCUUCAUUCCAGACGACUUGAAGGACGACAGAUACUGGUCACGGCGCAGAAAGAACAACUUCGCGGCCAAACGCUCCCGUGAUGCUCGCCGGCUGAAAGAGAACCAGAUCGCCAUCCGCGCGGGAUUCCUGGAGAAAGAGAACGCGGCGCUCAGACAGGAAGUGGCCGACCUGCGGAAGGAACUCGGCCGCUGUAAGAACGUUCUGGCCAAAUACGAGGCGCGACACAGCCCUCUGUGAGCCCCUCCCACCUCACACAAACCCCGCCCCCCACCACCAAAACACCCCCCCCCUCCAGGGACUUCUGCGGCAAAUUCUCCUCCCCUUUUUUCACAUUUCUCUUUUCUCUUUACAAACCCAGUUUGCGUUCUUUAGUUGAUUUUGUAUUUCAUUUAUGUCUUUUUCCUCUUAUGUAGUUUCACACGUUGACUUCUCUCUCUUUCCUUUUAUUUGUUUCAUUCGUCUGUGUAUUCUUUCACCAACGAUGAAUCGUUUGUCUGGAAAUGUUUUUCUCUCUCGAGUGUUUUAUACACCUGUAACACGGACUGAUAAAUAUAUUCCUUGCCGCUCACCUUCCUGUCUGUCAAUCAUCCGCUCGGCCCAACCCCCCUCUUCUCAGAAGCCCCGCCCACUUCUUGUUGCUAGAGCUUCUUAUUGUGUAUAUUAAUGUAUUUUAGUUGAAUAGCUGUAACGCACCGACACCUUUCGUUCUGUGAAGUGUGUAUAACGCUAGCUAGCGUCAGAACACGAUGUUUGUUUUGUUCUUUUCCUAUUCUGUGUGCUUUGUCUGUUUUAUUUCAUCAUUACUUUUAAGCCGACACCAGCAUAGUUUUUUUUGCGUCUUUCCUGCAUUGUCCAUAGAGCAAUAAAACUGAAUCUCCUCAGUGGACAAAACAUAUGACAUGUAAGCUAAAGUUUCAUAGCACCAUCAUUUCUGCUGUAGUGCGGAAACUGUCCCUCCAAAAAUGCUGAAUCCAUAUUUGUCUGUCUCUCCCUCUCGCUCUAACUCCCUGCACUAAUGCGUGUUUCACAAUCUGAUCUGGUGCAAUGUUUCUACCUAUACUAUAAUCUGCCUGAUAUAUUUAUGGACUUUUGUCCCUUUUUUUUUAAUAUUCAGCUGUUAAUUACUACUAUUGUUAUAGCUGUUCUUACUGUUAUGGCUGUAUAGUAAUUUUUCCUAAUCGUUUAUUGUUUUAUUGGAUAUUUCAGCAUGAUUAUUGUUUUAGAGUUGCAGCCUAAAGCUAAUUGUAAAUGGGUCUUUUUCUUUUCUUUUUUUUUAGGAUAGAUGAUUAUUCUAUCCUCUUUUUUUAGUUUUAUUAUAUAUAUAUAUACACACCCAGAGCAUGUUUUAGAAUUUUCAUUUGUUUUUAAGUCAGUACAAGCAGAUAUCUGUAGUGAUUUGUUUUCUUUCUUUUUGUUUUGUAGCUUGGCGUGUCUGUCAUCUGUAUGACUGUAAUGAAUGUGUUUUAAGAGGUUUUGAGGCGUUUGUUGAGCAGGACGGUGUUGUCUCAAAUACUGUGGUUGAAACCCAAUCAGUUUGUUUAGUGCAGACCAAAAGAUACAGAACACAGAUAUAUUGAUAAAACAGAGUUUUAAUGUUUAUAUAUAUAUAUGAAAUCUAUUAUAUAAUUUGCUUUUUGUACAGUAUUUUUCCUAUAUAAUACUGUCUGAAUAUUUUCAAGGCACAACAAAUCCAGAGUAGUGUAAGAGAAAUAUAUGAUAGCAUACAUAUAUAUCUAUUAUAAAGAGCUAAGUGACAGUGUUUUGAUAUAUUAUGAAGCAUAAAACGGGGAGUAAAUGGAAACCCGCCAUCAUGUCCUCUAUUUUGGGCAUUAAAAACCUUCUGCACCCUUGUAUUCAAAUAGCCUUUAGUAUUCUGUCUCAGGAAACGCUAGCAGCCGGACCUCAAACCAUAACUCAUAAUAAAGAUUAAAUAUAUAUAUUGCUGUGUUCUGUACAUCAGUGUUUUUUUCCCUAUAGGAAGGAGCUGAUCUCACACUCUUGAUGCUGUGUAAUGAGUUUCAUUGCAGAGCAUUUUACAGUAUUGCUAUUGGUUCUUUGAAUGGAAAUCUAAAGGCUAUGCUUUUUUAGUCUAUGUAAUUGAGUCUUUUUCACAGCAGAGUGUUGAUAUUGAAUGUUUAGUGCGGCAGCUCUGAGAGCUUUUGCUUGGUUGAAUGUUAAAAAAAGUCUUGUUAAUGGAGUCACUGGGUUGGUCUCGUAAGGUCCUGAAAAAGUUUUUCUGAUCUGAGAUCAGUUUUUUUUCUUCUGUUUAUUCUAUUAAAAGUUGCAGGGUUUAAAGCCGGGAUGGCAGAUCUCAGGUCAGAAGUUGCGUUUGAUGCGCUGGUGACUUCAUUGUUGACCAUAAAAGUCCUCGACUGUCCCAGUUGAGAUGUGCACAGAUUUGUAUUAUUGAGGUUUUGAUGGGGCAGAGAUGAUGCUGUUUUUUAUUGUUUCUUUUAAUUUCCCUUGAUUGUCCCUCAUGUCUGUUUGUGGUCUAAAUGCAGAUGUGAGAUGCGUGUAUAAAGCCCUGUGUAGACUGUUUCUAUCUGUACAAAACCGAAAUAAAUCCAGGAUUAAGCCAAA